AUGCAACGUCAUCCCACUCAACAAGAUAAUAAUGAUCGUCUUAGAUCGAAUGAUACCGAACAUACAUGGCAUCCAUUGACUCCACCAUUGACCAAUGAAAAUAGUCAGCAACAACAAAUGAUACAUACUCAUCAAACAGAAGAUGAGUUGACUGAUGAAUUAUUCGAAAAGAUUGAGCAACUCAUCUGUGAUUAUAUGCGCCAACCACAUCGAAACUAUUUACAUUGUCGAGUUCUUCGACGGGACAUCGAAGAAGAUCUCUCACGCUUGUAUAGUGCUGUGGUUGUCAUUAAUCCGCCAACGACGAGACGAUCAUGA